AAACAUCUGAAAUUGUUUAAAAAUAGACUUUUUGAAGAAAUUCUCUCGCACAUGCAAGUUUUUGUAAAAAAAAGCUGCCGCAAAGAAACGUGAAUGGUGAUGCAGGAAAAUUCAUUUUCAUUUCUAUCAGGGAGAGAGACGUAAUACGACAACGGAACGGAAAAUAUUCUAAAGAGAUCGUGGGGGAUCGAGAAAAUUCGGCCAAAAAUUUUUGAGAAAACUGAAAAGGCUAUAAAAGCAACAAACCUUACAAACAUUUGAAAAAUUAGUAAAAAUUUUGGCAGAUUGUUCAACUACAGAAAAAAUGACUAGCUCUAAUGCAACAGAUGAUACUGGGGCGGAGGCCCUAACCUACAAAGAUAAAGGCAAUCAGGCUUUCAAAGAUGGCAAAUGGGAGGAGGCAGUGCAAUUCUACACAAAAGCCAUUAAAAAGGGAGACAAACACAAGGAAUUGCCAAUUUUUUACAAAAACAGAGCAGCGGCCUAUCUGAAGGAAUCCAAAUGGCAGUUGGCUUUGGAAGAUUGCAAUGAAUCGCUGAAGCUGGCACCCAAGGAUCCCAAGGCUUUGUUUAGGCGUGCCCAGGCCUAUGAGGGUCUGGAAAAGUUCGGCGAAGCCUAUAAGGAUGCCACCGAUCUGUUCAAAGCCGAUCCAGGCAAUCAAUCGGUGCAGCCUAUGUUGAAGAGACUACAUUUGAUUGUUCAGGAAAAGGCAGCGGAAAAUGCUCGAACCACAACCAAGGUACAGCAAAUGAUGGAAUUGGCUUUCGAUGUUGCAACACCUAUCGAAAAGAGACGCACGGCUGCCAAUAAUCUAUUGGUUUUGGCCAAGGAAGAAGUGGGUGCCGAUUUACUUUACAAAGCUGGAUGCUUUACCAAGAUUGCCUCCAUUACAAAGAUAGAAAAGGAUCUUGAGAUCUAUGUGAGUUUUGUGAGAGUUGUGGCCGAAUUGUGCAAUCGUUCUAAUCAGCGCACCAAGGCAGUGUUAACAGAAUUGGGAGUUCCCUGGUUUAUGCGUGUGCUUGACCAUAAGCAUGAGGAACGUGUGUCAGCUGCCCAGUAUUGUUUGCAGACCAUAAUAAAUUCCCUUUCGGGCAUGGACAUAAAGCCAGAAAGCAAACCCAACAAGGAACUGGUAAAGGAAAAUUACAAAGAAAUCGAUACCCUACUCUCCUGCCUGCUGUACAGUAUUACCGAUCGAACCAUUUCUGGUCCGGCUCGUGAUGCCGUCAUUGAAUUGCUGACAAGAAACGUGCACUACACGGCCUUGGAGUGGGCAGAGCGUUUGGUGGAACUGAGAGGUCUUUUCCGUUUGUUGGAUGUUUGCUCUGAGUUGGAGGAAUACAAAUAUGAAAGCUCUAUGGAUAUUACAUCAUCCUCGCGUACCAUUGCUUCAGUGUGUUUGGCUCGCAUAUUCGAGAACAUGUACUAUGACCAGCUUAAGGAGAAGUUUAUGGAGCAAAUUGAUGAAUACAUCAAGGACAAGCUGUUGUCACCAGACUUGGAAUCCAAGGUGAGGGUGACAGUGGCCAUUACUUCAUUGCUGUUGGGACCACUGGAUGUGGGCAAUCAAAUUGUGGGCCGAGAAGGUAUUUUGCAAAUGAUUUUGGCCAUGGCCACCACUGAUGAUCUGCUGCAGCAGAAAGUGGCCUGCGAAUGCAUCUAUGCUGCUGCCUCCAAGAAGGAUAAGGCCAAGGCCCUGUGCUCUGGUGGUGUUGAUAUACUCAAGAAACUCUAUCACUCCAAGGAUGAUGGCAUUCGUGUGCGUGCCCUGGUGGGUCUUUGCAAAAUUGGCAGCUAUGGCGGUGAAGAUGCCGCUAUACGACCCUUUGCUGAUGGUGCCACCCUUAAGUUGGCCGAAGCCUGCCGACGUUUCCUCAUCAAGCCAGGCAAAGACAAGGACAUUCGCAAAUGGGCCGCCGAUGGUCUGGCCUACUUGACCCUGGAUGCUGAGGUCAAAGAGAAGCUUAUCGACCACAAACCCGCUAUUCAUGCCCUCAUUGAUUUGGCCCGCACCGGAGAUCAGUCUUGUUUGUAUGGUGUGGUCACCACCUUUGUCAAUUUGUGUAAUGCCUAUGAAAAACAGGAAGUGGUGCCGGAAAUGAUAGAAUUGGCCAAAUUCGCCAAAAUGCAUAUACCCGAGGAACAUGAAUUGGAUGAUCCGGAUUUCGUGCAGAAACGCAUAACGGUGCUGGCCAAUGAGGGUAUUACCACCGCCUUAGUGGCCUUGUCGAAAACGGAAAGUGAUAACUCCAAGGAGCUAAUUGCUAGGGUGCUCAACGCUGUUUGUGGCCUUCAGGAGCUGCGUGGUAAGGUUGUCCAGGAUGGUGGUGUUAAAUGUCUGCUCAAAUUAGCCUUGGAAGGCACUGAGAAGGGCAAACGUCAUGGCAGCCAAGCUUUGGCUCGCAUUGGUAUUACCAUCAACCCCGAGGUGGCCUUUGCUGGUCAACGCAGUUUGGAUGUCAUAAGGCCUUUGUUGAAUUUAUUGCAUCAGGAUUGCAGCGCUUUGGAGAACUUCGAAUCCCUUAUGGCUCUCACCAAUUUGGCGGCCAUGAAUGAAAGUGUACGCCAAAGGAUAGUCGAGGAGCAGGGCCUAACGAAAAUCGAGUUCUAUUUAAUGGAGAAUCAUUUGCUGCUAACCCGCGCCUCUGCCCAGUGCCUGUGUAACAUGGUAUUAUCCGAUACGGUGGUGCAGAAGUUUGAGGGUGAAAACGAUCGUGUCAAAUUUAUGGCUUUGCUGUGCGAAGAAGAGGACGAGGAAACGGUAAAAGCCUGUGCUGGUUCGCUGGCCAUUCUAACUUCGGUCUCCAAGAAGUGUGUUAACAAAAUAUUGCAAGUCAAGUCUUGGCUGGAAAUCUUGCACAUUCUCAUUGCCAAUCCCAGUCCCGAUGUACAACAUCGUGGCACCGUUGUAAUCUUGAAUAUGAUAAACUCGGGCGAAGAUGUUGCCCGACAACUUUUCGAGACUGACAUCAUGGAAUUGUUAAGUGGCCUCUCCCAGUUGCCCGAUGAUAGCCGUGCCAAAGCCAGACAGGUGGCUUUGGAAUGUCUACAGGCUGCAGAGCGCUACAAGCUCAUCGAGAAGGCCGAAAGUUAAAGCUAAAGGAAAUGAGUUUUUUUUUACAAAUUACACUUAGGCUCUUUUUUUAUAAGAGUUUGGAAUUUUUUUUAAUGCAUUAACCAUUGUCACACUAACUUUGCUGAAAUAUUGUCCUCCACAUUUAUUUAUAUCAUAUAUGUAUGUUUUCUUCUUUUGUGUUUCUAUGUGGUAUUUCUAUUUUUUGAUGACCACUAUAUAUUUAUUUAUAAUUUUUGAAUAUUAACUCAUUUGUAUGUACUUAAGCAA